CUCAACUUGCCUCGUAAUUUCAUCAUUUCAUCGUGACUCCAAGCGUGACGCCGAUUCUGCCACUGUACAGCAGCAUUGUUAGUCAGCCAUGGCACCCCAGGGCGGCGAGGAGGCCAUGAACCCUAGGGCCAUUCAGGCUCUGGAGACUCUGUGCCAACGCUAUAGGCUCUCGCGCGCCGCGCUUCUCGCCGACUUCAACAACACGUCGUCGCAGGCCGUUUGGGGACAAAUCAACUAUUGGUCCCGGGAACGCCAGAUUCUGGAUUAUGAUGAAGCUAAGCGACUUCUCUAUCUCGGCCACGCCCAGAACCCUUCGCGUGGCCUGCCUCGUGUUCCUUCCGACCCAAACCGCUGGAUCCCCACCGACAUUGAGGAGGCUGAUGAGAUUUACUGCCGAGAGGUCUUCAGCCGAGAAGGGGUCAGGCCACGCUUACUUCCUGGCUUGGGUCGAGUUCGAAGCGCGCGCAACCGCCGCAAGAGCCUUAGCACAAGUCCCGUCAUUCCUGGGCCUGAACCCGCUCAAGUCCAAGAGAGCGCCCAAGAGCAUCGGCAGCUCCAGCAGUUUCAAAACAUCCAACAGGAAGAAGACCCAUGGCAGGGGCAGCAUCCCGACCAACAGCAAGAUCAGGGCGAUACCAUCAUUGCCGCUGCCGUCCCGCAACCGCCCAACCUGGACAUUGACCCCGGCUUGCAGCACGUCACUUCAACCUUUCAGCUAACCCCUGAGACUGAUGACGGCGUGCCCAUGAUGCCGAGUCGUCGCUCAACCCGCACCUCUGUCAGGAAAAGGCGCCAUCAUGAUUCACCCCCACCCUCGGCCCCUAGCCAUGUGCCGGCAGCCAAUGACGAGAUUUCUCCAGUCAAUGAUGAUACACCGGCCACCCCGGCGGCAACAGUCGAUGGUCAAACUAACGGACAUACCAAUGGCCAAAAGCCUGCUGUCUUCACCGACAUGUCCGCUGCCCAACAGCUGUUGGCAUUCCAGAACGGGGCCGAAGACUCAGACCUUGCUGCCGAGACUGAUAGCGACCAAGCAGCCAGUCGAAAGCGCCGCCGUACUGACCAGGAAACACCCAACGCCAGCAGUGACGCCUACCAGCCCAUCUACACUGCCGCUCCCGUUGCCUACAAAGAAGACGAAGCCAUCUCGUUCCUUGUUGAUGCCACCAAAUCCAGCUUUGUGCAGAAGCUCCAUCAGUACCAGGAUCUGAUGGUUGCAAUGGCUGGUCACCAGCAGCGCCUUGCCAAGAUUGAUCAGGCUCUGGGGAAAGUUACAAGUCAGCUUGAAGAUGCCACCAAGUUCCUUGCCGAGCGCCGCGAGAUGUUGGUCAACAUUGAAUCAAAGAGGCAAAUGACGCAGGCAGGCCUGGAAGCUGCCGAGUUCAAGGUCUGGCAGGAAAACCACCCCGCCCUGGCCGCUCAGGUAAUGGGACCUAUGAAGCUCACCUUGGCUCAGCUAGCCGAGGAUAAGAAGGAGAUUGAGUACCAAAUCAAAGAUAAGACCAUGGAGAUGGAGCCCCUCCUCGAAGACAAAGAGGAAGGAGAGCAGGAGAGAAAGGUUGUGAUUGUUGAGGCUGGAUUUCCCCUCGCCUACCAGGACGGCGAUAUUGAGAAUAGCCUAGAUUGGCUGAAAAGAAAGAUUGAGGAUCUGAAAGCAUACAUGUUUAUUCUUGGCCUGGGUCCUUCCCGUGUAGGUGAACAGGUUCGGGAACAUGGCGGGGUUGGUGUUGAUGCGAGCGUCUACCUAUAAAGACACCUUACUAUGUGAAGUACUGGC